ACAACUUCUGCCUGAAAAACAGGAGAGUAGCUUCAGGAUGUUGAAGGAGGAUCCACCAAAGAGGAAGACCAGGCACCACGGACCCUCUGGCUUCUCCUUUUCCUCUUUGACACAGACCCUUCCCUGUAAAAAGGAAGAGGAAGACUCACUGACCCCCCACAUUAAAGAGGAAGAGGAGGAACACAGCAUCAGUCAGGAAGGAGAUCAUAUUGAAGGACUGGUGGAGUUCCCAGUGACUGGUGUCCCUGUGAAGAGUGAAGAUGAUGAGGUCAAAGGUGAAAGUGAGGAGAAGAGAGAGGCGGAGCCUCCAAGCAGCAGCUCAACACAACACAUGACAACAGAAGCUGAUGGAGACCACUGUGGAGGAUCACAAGCAGACAAGAUCUUAGCUCCACUAUCAGAUAGUGAGGACACAACGUCACACUCUCCUGACACUGAUGAUGAACACUCUAAAGAUGAUGCAACAUGUCACACUGACAACACUCACUUCACAUGUUCUCACUGUCACAAAACCUUUAAGUACCAUAGUGAUCUGAAAACACACACAAGAACACACACUGGUGAAAAACCUUUUUCUUGUUCAAUCUGUGGUAAAGGUUUUACACAAAGGCGAUCUUUGAAAAUGCACAUGAGAAUACACACUGGUGAAAAACCCUUUUCCUGUUCAACCUGUGGUAAAGGUUUUACACAAAGUCAACAUUUGAAAGGACACAUGAGAACACACACUAGUGAAAAACCCUUUUCCUGUUCAACUUGUGGUAAAGGUUUUACACAAAGUCAAUAUUUGAAAGUACACAUGAGAAUACACACUGGUGAAAAACUUUUUUCCUGUUCAACUUGUGGUAAAGGUUUUACACAAAGUCACAGUGUGAAAAGACACAAGAGAACACACACUGGUGAAAAACCUUGUAUCUGUUCAAUCUGUAGUAAAGGUUUUACACAAAGUCAAUAUUUGAAAGUACACAUGAGAACACACACUGGUGAAAAACCUUCUACCUGUUCAAUCUGUGGUAAAUGUUUUACAAAAAGUCAGUAUUUGAAAGUACACAUGAGAAUACACACUGGAGAAAAACCCUUUUCCUGUUCAACUUGUGGUAAAGGUUUUACACAAAGUCAACAUUUGAAAAAACACAUGAGAACACACCCAGGAGAGAAAGUGUUGAGUUGCAGUGUGUGUGGUGAAAGAUUGUCUUCUAAGUACCAGUGUAAGAAACACAAGUGUGCUGGUGAGAAAAGCAGCAGCAAAUGAAGAUGCAGGAUUUGAAAUAAACUGUCAAGACUUUAAUGUUGACUUUCUAACAACAUCAGCACAUAUAACAUGUGUGACAUUGUUGGUUGUGUAACUAUCUUGUUAAUAUUCUCCUACAUUUUUUAUUAACGUUGAUGUUCCAGGUAAUCUUAUUUUCAGUGAAGGUUUAGGAUAGCCAAAUAUAAGCUUUGGCUUCAGCCUAUUCUUUUUUCGGUCAUGCUUUUUCUUUUCUUUUCUUUUCCUUUUGUGUGUAAAUGUGUAUGAUUUUUAUAAAUGUAUAGUCUGUACUCUUAAACUGGUCACACACAAUGGUUAAUGGUUGA